AUGACCCUACCCAUACCCUCUCACUUGUACUCACUGAUCAUCGCCAUCCAUUCUCCUGACCCCGCUUUACCCUUGGAAGACGAUAUAGGACAGGAUUGGCGAUUAGGUGAAAUCGACGUAGACUGGAUUGAUUUCACCCAAGAGAAAUCAUCUGAUAAGAUGCAACCCACUCCUACCCCUUCUUCUUCCCCAGGACGAAGGAAACACAAUCCCUCAACUGCUUCACGUAAUUUACCCAGUCCAUCGAAGAAGAACCCUACAACCGUCGACGACUUGUCUCUCCAACCUCUCCUUGCGCACUAUCCCAACCCUUCUUCUGGACCUAACAUCCUAGAUUCGUCAUUCGCAUCUGGAAUUUCGGAAUUAGGUAGAGGUGUCGUCCACUUAUUCAAACAUCCUCCGCCAGCUUCUCUCAUAGCUAGUAUCGACUCGCACCCCAUUGGAGAAGGGAGUAAUACCAGCCAACAACUCCAUUCCGACUUGAUAGGUGAGAAAGCAGAAGGUGAAGAUGGGAGUUUGAUUGCGAUUUUGGCUGUACCUGCGUGGAUGAGACCUGCAGAUUUCAUUGAGUUCAUUGGAGGGUGGAGUAAUUGUCUAGAAGGAGUGAGGAUGAUCAGAGAAGCAACUACCCCCAAUCGAUCCAUCGUUCUACUCAAAUUCCGUGAUCCCCUUCAAGCAUCCGACUUCUCAGUAAUCUUCACCGGUAAAGCAUUCUCAACCUUGGAUCCAAGGGAGACAUGUCAUCCUAUACGAAUACAUCAUUUGAUCUUACACAAACUCGAUAGACCCUCCACCAAAUCAAGUACGAUCGCCGUACCUGCUUUCCCACCUUCUGUCUAUUCCUCAAGAGCAAGGGAAUUACCUAAUCUCCUCGAUGGGGUUGGAGUAGAUACGAAAAACACAUAUGAACUUCCCUCUUGUCCUGUAUGUCUAGAAAGACUCGAUUCGACCGUCACUGGACUAGUCACUUUACCUUGCGCACAUACAUUCGAUUGUGAUUGUCUGAGGAAAUGGGGUGACUCGAAAUGUCCUGUAUGUAGACUAUCGCACCUCCUCCUUUCCUCCAACCACCAAAAUCAAAAUCAAACUGCGUCUUCCUCGAGUGGGAGGGAAAUCACGAGACUGACGAAAUGUUCGAUGUGCGAUUCGACGGAGAAUAAUUGGAUAUGCGUAGUUUGCGGGACGGUAGGUUGUGGACGGUACGAACCUUCCAAAGGACAUGCGAGGAGACAUUGGGAAGAGAGCGGACAUGUUUUGGCGAUGGAAUUGGAAACUCAGAGAGUAUGGGAUUACAAAGGUGAUAACUAUGUUCACCGUCUCAUCCAAUCUCGAUCCGAUGGUAAACUCGUUGAACUCCCUUCUGCAUCAUCACUCGUCACCUCUUCUCACAUUUCUCGUCCCCUCCCUCUUGGCGGUACACCAUCUCAACCGCCUUCUACCAACGGUACACCUCAACGACAACGACCAGGUCAUACUCAACCUUCCUCCGCUCGAGGUUCGACAUCAUCAAACGAUGCAGGUCCAUCCUCAGGAGACGUCGAGAAGAUGUCCACCAUCGAAUCGAUCACUUUAGAAUACUCGUACCUCCUUUCCAGUCAAUUAGAAUCAAUGAGACAUCAUUACGAAUCUCAACAAUCCACCUUACUCAGCCGAUUAGAGAAGUUAGAAAGCAUUUCGAAAGAGAAUGAAGGGAGAUUGAAAGAAUUGGAAGAUUCCAAAAGAGCAAAAGAGAAAGCUGAAAAUAAAGCUUUGAAAGCUAUUGAAUUAUCCAGAAGUCUACAGCAGAAUUUAGCUAAUGAAAAAUCAUUAUCUAAUGGUCUAUCCAGUAAGAUUACCAACCUGCAGAAUCAGUUGGAAGGGUUGAGAGGGAGAUUGAAAGAGAAGGAAGAUGAAUGUACAGGGUUGGAAGAGACGGUUAAAGACUUGAUGUUCACCCUGGAAGCUGGGUUGAAAGUCAAAGAAUUAGGGGAUGAAGGCGGACAAGGAGGUGAUUUGGUGGUCGUACCUGGAAAAGGAAAGAAGAAGAAUAAGAGAUAA